AUGACCCUCGGGGAUGGGGACAGACACACCAGGCUGCUAUUCCAGGGCUCCAAUCAUGACCACCUAUUUAUAGAGCCGGGGUGCUUGGCCCGCCCCGCGCAGGCAGCGGAGAGGCAGCCCUGCUGCAAAGUCAGGCGGAGUCGGCGUCAUCGUCGCUGCUGCAGGCUGCCCGCACCUGUCCCAGCCGCCACCGCAGAGAGAGGGGCCUCGGCCCCACAGAGACACCGGGGCCCCAGGGGAAGCGCACCAGGCAAGGACGAGGCCGGCCAGAUGGGCAGCGCCAUGGAGCCCCCCGGGGGGGGGUAUCUGCACCUAGGUGCUGUGACAUCCCCUGUGGGCACGGCCCGAGUCCUGCAGCUGGCCUUUGGCUGCACAACCUUCAGCCUCGUGGCCCACCGGGGAGGCUUCGCGGGCGUACAGGGCGCCUUCUGCAUGGCUGCCUGGGGCUUCUGCUUCGCCCUCUCCAGCCUUGUGGUGGCCUGCGAGUUCACCCGGCUGCACAGCUGCCUGCACCUGUCCUGGGGCAACUUUACGGCGGCCUUCGCCAUGCUGGCCACGCUGCUGUCCGCCACGGCCGCCGUCCUCUACCCGCUGUACUUCGCCCGGCUGCAGUGCCCCCCCGAGCCCGCGGGCUGCGCGACCAGGGACUUCCGCCUGGCAGCCAGCGUCUUUGCGGGGCUCCUCUUCCUGGCCUAUGCCGUGGAGGUAGCCCUGACCCGGGCCCGGCCGGGCCAGGUGGCCAGCUACAUGGCCACGGUCUCGGGGCUCCUCAAGAUCGUCCAGGCCUUCGUGGCCUGCAUCAUCUUUGGGGCCCUGGUCUACGACAGCCGCUACGGGCGCUACGUGGCCACCCAGUGGUGUGUGGCCGUCUACAGCCUGUGCUUCCUGGCCACGGUGGCUGUGGUGGCCCUGAGCGUGACGGGCCACACAGGGGGUCUGGGAUGCCCCUUCGACCGUCUGGUGGUGGUGUACACCUUCCUAGCUGUGCUCCUCUACCUCAGCGCGGCUGUGAUCUGGCCUGUCUUCUGUUUCGACCCCAAGUACGGGGAGCCCGGGCGGCCGCCCGACUGCCCCCGAGGCAGCUGCUUCUGGGACAGCCAGCUGGUGGUGGCCACCUUCACCUACGUCAACCUGCUCCUGUACAUCGCCGACCUCGCCUACUCCCAGAGGAUCCGCUUCGUGCCCAGCCUGUAG